AUGGGCAAAGUUUUCUGGGAAAGGUGCAUAUACGGUGUGGUUAUCAGAGAUGCAAAUGGAAUGUUCAUGGCUGCUGCAUCUAGAUGCUUGUCUUGGUGUAAAAGCCCAGAACUCGCAGAGGCCAUGGCGGUUCGUCGUGGAGUCCAAGUGGGGCUUCAACUAGGACUAAAUGCAGUCAUGGUGGAAAGUGAUUCUAAGGCAGUCAUUGACAUGAUAAAUGGGCAUACAGUAGUCAGCCAAAGCGUGAAUUCUACCAUCCAUGAUGUUAAGGUUUUGAGCAAUGAUUUUCAAAGUUGUAUGUUUUUGUUUGCUCGCCGAUCUUCUAAUUCGGUUGCGCAUACUUUGGCUAGUAAAGGUUUAGGUGGGUUGGAUUGUAGUCUUUGGACUGAAUCCCCUCAUGUUUGGCUUCUUGAUUCCUUGUCUAGGGAUGGAGAUUCCUCAUGA